AAUAUAAUUCACUUCAGAAAUAUUCUAAUAAAUAUGUGGUAUCGCCGCCCUUUAAUCAGUGAUUACAAUUGAUUUAAAUAAAGAUGAUUGACUUCCACAAGCUUUCACAAUCUCACCCAAAUAAGAAAAUACUCAAAUUAAUGAUUAUUAGUUUUGAUUUUGAUUAUUUAAUUUACAAUUCAGAUAUCAUUAUUUAUCUCUAAAUUUUUUUUUAAAGUUUCCUAGAAAUUGACUCAAUAAAGUGUUUUCUUAUAUUAAAUCCAAAACAUUUUCAUAAAGGUUUAAAUUUUUGGGUCAUCCUUCUUCUGUGGAAAUUACUCGUUCCAUACAAAGUAGAAAACGAUCAAAGAUUUCUGAUUUUAAGCAGUCUCUCCGAAGUUGCCUGUCCAGUCUUUUUUAUUAUGUUUUUGACACUUCCAUGCAAGUCUCUCACGACAAAAGUCACAUAAACGACAUAAUAAAAGCCAACGAAAUUACGCAAUUCACCCAAGUGCUGCUACAACGAAGCUGGCUCCAACUUAUUGCAUGAUGUAUAUAUGUAGCUCGCAAGUAUCUCGGUCUCUCUGUUUCGUAUAUGUGACCAUUUUGUUCUUCCCUUGUAUGCUUCUGAAUAUAGCGACAAUGGUUUUACGUUUUAAGAGAUUUUCGCAGGACACGGAAGAGGAAAGGGCUGAUGAGAGCACGUAGUUGUUGUAGUCAGUUAAGAAGAAAUGGAAAUUAAUUACAGUUGAUUUGAAAAUGGACCUGCACUGUCUUGGUUGCAGUAAAAAGAUCAAGAAGUUCAUCCUGAAGUUCAAAGGUGUUAAUAGUGUCUCAGCAAAUAUAGAUAAUCAUUUAAUUACUGUGAAGGGAACAAUGAAUGUGCAAGAACUCAUAUGCCAUCUUAGAGAAAAGCUAAAGAGGAAAGUGGUAAAGACCCAAAUGGCUCCUCUCAGAAUAGGUAACACUGAUAAAGAUGUUAUCAGCAAUGGUAAGAAGGACAAAGAAUCCUCCCAAGUAGGCGAUGCAGACGAAAAAGACAAAGAAGUCAUUGGUGGUGGUGGUGUUAUUGUCAAUUAUGGCGAUAAGGAUGGUAACAAAGAAAAGGAGGGUGGUGAUACCAAUGGUUGUGAUGGCAGUAACGACAACAACAAUGGUGAUGCCAAGAUGGAGUUAUAUGAUGGAUAUGCGUAUUAUAUAUAUCCAGAGAAUUCUGAAGGAUAUAUGCCAUUUAUGAAUGCUAAUAUAAUGCGUGGUCCGCAGUUGUUCAAUGAUGAGAACCCUAAUGCUUAUUGCUCUAUUGUGUAAGUAUGACAAAUUCAAAUAUUGAAAGAACUAAAAAUUAUUUAGAGA